AUGAAAAGUGAAAAUAUUAGCCAAGCGUUUAAUGCGCAAACUAAGGAGACUGAUUUUCCAAAGCAACAAACUCGUUGCGCUCAACAAAUUAUUCUGGUUUUUUUCUUUCCUUUGUGUCAUGUCUCGUGCCUUUCAUCUAAAGAACUUCUUUCUUAUAAGUACCUAAAUACAGAUUGGAUUGAUUCAGAACUUCUAUCAGUUGAUUCAUGA